AUGGGAGGUAUCUGGGAGGGCAUCCCUUGUGCUACCCCACCGCCCCCCGUGCCGGUGCCGCCUGACUACACGGCGAUGCUGUGGUCAUCAUGGGGUAAGUUGACGCUGCGCCCGCAGUUCAAUGCAGGCUGCCGCCAGCUAGCAACAGCCACGUACCCCGUGGAGACUGGACUCGGGGACAUGCCACCGGUCGAGCCGUCAAUGGCCGCGUUGACAUCUCUGGGCCUCACUGGGGUGUCGCCCAAUCCACGCUGCCCCCGUAAAGAGGGCGCGAUGACGGACCGCCUGGCCACUCGUACGUUUAAUGCAGCAGCACGAGCGGCCCGGAUGGGUAACGCUCUGGCCAUUACGCUGGCGUCGCUUCGCAAGACGCUGAGUCGAGACGACCAGGACGCCAGGGCCCUGCUGGAUGCAGCUCUGUCAUCCCACGCCCAGCUGACCCGUGAUGUGGGAGACGCCAUGGGUUCCGCGGUGUUGUGCCGCAGGCAGGAUCCCAGGAGGUGCUCGACCGCGCUGAACGUGCUGCAGCGUCGAGGGAAGCUGUCCAGCGUGUGUGCCGUAAGCCUGCCUCAACGGUCAGCAGGGCGCCCGUGGGCGGAUAUAGGCCGCGGCUGCCGGCCCGGCCUCCGCCGAGGGGGAACAUCCCACAGUCCUCUGGUGACCGACGAUUUCGUCCACCCGACCGGAGAUCGGCCCCAUAUCCCCGUUCCAGGGGUAGAGGGGGUCCACAGCGAGGCACAGGUAGGGGUGCGGGCCGCGGUGGUGGUCCCGCAUAGCAUCCCAGGGGCGCCCGUCGAUUGUCCUUCCCAGUUGUCACGGACCUCCUGGGAGGGGAUUGUCCCAGACCCUUGGGUCGUAGCCACGGUGGCUCGUGGCUACCGAUUGCAAUUUCGACGACGGCCCCCUAUGUUUUCAGGGGUCAAGGUAACGUCUGUACAAGACCCGGUUUUAAUGUCCGCACUUGCCACAGAGGUUCAAGAGCUACUUCUGAAAGGGGCCAUCUCAGAAGUACCGCCCAGCGCACAGCUCGCUGGGUUCUACAGCAAGUAUUUUAUCGUCCCAAAGAAGGAUGGCGGUCUUCGGCCCGUUCUCGACCUCAGGCCCUUGAAUCAGUAUCUCAAGGUGCUGCCCUUCAAGAUGGUCCACACAAGGGUGGUGAUGCAGUCCAUCCGGCAGGGGGAGUGGUUCACAUCCUUGGACUUAAAGGACGCCUACUUCCACGUUCCGAUUUGCCCGGAACACAGGCCCUUUCUGCGCUUUGCCUUCCAGGGCAGGGCAUUCCAGUUCCAGGUCCUACAUUUCGGCCUUUCACUCUCCCCACAAGUUUUUACUCGCGUGGUGUCAGCCGCGCUCUCCCCCCUUCAGGCUCGCGGUCUCAAAAUACUGCCGUAUUUGGACGACUGGCUCGUCUGCGCCCCCUCCCGAGAACAGGUAGUGCGCGACACGGAGACUGUUCUGGCCCACAUUCAAUUCCUGGGCUUCAAGGUCAACCACAAAAAGAGCAACCUGCAACCCCGCCAACAGGCAGAGUUCCUCGGUGUCCUCCUCGACUCGGUCGGCAUGACGGCGUCUCUCACGCCACGGAGAGCGGACAGCCUGCUCGGCAUGCUGGGUCAUUUCCGCUUGGGUGGUCUCUCGACUGCUCACAGAGUCCAGAAGCUGCUGGGUUUGAUGUCAGCAGCUGCAGCGGUAGUUCCUCUUGGCCUGCUGAGGGCACGCCCCCUGCAGUGCUGGUUCAACGCCUUCGGUCUUCACCCGAAGAGCGUCAGGCAGGUGAGACUGCGUGUGUCCCGGGCUUGCAUCAGAGCCCUGCGCCCUUGGAGGGACCGGGAGUUCUUACUCCGAGGUGUCCCACUGGGGGGCCUUCCACACAGGAGACAGGUCCUUUCGACGGACGCGUCCCUGACAGGCUGGGGAGCUGUCUGGGAAGGACGGACGGCGAGGGGCACGUGGCAGCCCCCAUGGACGUUGGAGCACAUCAACGUCCUCGAACUGAAGGCCAUCCAUCUUGCCUUGCAGAGAUUCCUGCCAGUGUUACAACACCAACACGUUCUCGUGAGGACGGACAGUACUGUGGCGGUGUACUACGUCAAUCACCAAGGGGGAACGAGGUCCCAGCGGUGCCUCAAGGUGGCGGAGGCCUUACUGACUUGGGCAUGGCCGCGGCUGUCUUCACUGAGGGCGGUGCACAUCCCGAGUGUGGAGAACAGAGCAGCCGACAUUCUCUCCAGGACGGGGCCACUGCCGGGAGAAUGGAGAUUGAGCGCGGAGGUCGUAAGCCAGAUCUGGAUGCGGUACGGGAUCGCACAAGUGGAUCUCUUUGCAUCGGCGGAGACUACACACUGCCCGGAGUGGUACUCCCUCACAGGGCAGGGGGGCAGUUUGGGCCUGGAUGCUCUGUCACAAGAAUGGCCGACAGGCUUGUUGUAUGCUUUUCCUCCACUCCCGCUCAUAGCGCAGGUUCUCCGGAGGAUCCAGGAGGGCCAUCACUCUGUCCUGCUGGUGGCUCCACGGUGGCCAGCGAGGCCUUGGUUCCCGGACCUGCUCCAGCUGUUGCAGGGUCAUCCAUGGCAGUUGCCAUGCAGAGCGGAUCUUUUGUCACAGGCAGACGGGCGGAUCUGGCAUCCGAACCCAGGGACCCUCUGUCUGUGGGUCUGGCCCCUGCAGGGCCCGUCGUUGAGCAGGUAG